UGUUAUAGGUUAUCUGUAUAUACAGAUUAGAUUAUCUGCGAUUAUCUAGUGUCCUACUGAUACGUUUUGUCCACGUGGUUCGACUUGAGGCUGCAAGACAAGGUUGACCCAAUUAAAAGUGACAGAUCGUGAAAAUGUCAAACGUUCGGAACAUCAAGCGAAAUUGCAUGCAAAGUAAAUAUAGAAUCAUUCAGACUCAUUCAGAACAUAUAUGAGUUAUGAUAAGGUUAGCUGAUCGCUUGCCGAAGACUCGUCGAUCGCAUUCUUCGAUAACCAGCUCGAAAUUACAAGUUGUUAUUGUAUCCCACGAAUCUAUGCGAAUUUUUAAUUGUUAAUGCUUUUUAGAUGUCAAUCAAAUGGCAAUUUUUACAUCCAGAAGACUGCUCAAAGCCACUGCUGUUGGAACAAUUGGGUUAGGCACCCUGGCAUCUCUUAGAGCAAACGAAUAUGACAUUGGAGCCAUUGGAAUUGUACGACUAAGCCGGGCUGUACUUGCAGUGCUUGAUAUAGGUCAUUAUUAUAAGAAAGAAUUGUACAAUAGUAAAUUGGACAAGACAUCAGCAGAAUAUCUGAAACUGAAAUCAGAUGUUCAUAAAUAUGGAGCGCAGAGAUUGCUAGAACUUUGCUGUGCCAACAAAGGAGUUUACAUUAAAGUAGGUCAGCAUGUGGGCGCGUUAGAUUAUUUGCUACCUCAGGAGUAUGUGCGCACUUUGCGAGUAUUGCACAGUUCAGCACCCCAGUCUUCAUUCAAGGACGUCCUCACUGUGAUUAAAGAAGACUUUAAGAAAGAUCCAUACCAGAUAUUUCAGAGCAUUGAUCCAGAACCUUUAGGCACUGCUAGUCUUGCACAAGUGCACAGAGCUGUCCUCAGGGAUGGCGAUGUGGUGGCCGUUAAGGUGCAGCAUCGUGCUGUCAAGAGUAAUUCCUAUGUCGAUAUCAAGACUAUGUCGGCCCUGGUGAAGAUUACGUCAUUAGUAUUUCCGGAUUUCAAAUUUGAUUGGCUGGUCGACGAAACGAAGAGGAACAUUCCACAAGAGCUAGAUUUCACCCGUGAGGGCAAAAACGCUGAGAAAGUACAGAAGCUCUUCGGUGACUAUCACUGGUUGAGAGUGCCGAAGAUAUAUUGGGACGUAUCGUCGUCACGCGUCCUCACGAUGGAAUUUCUGGAUGGCGGACAGGUGAACGAUCUCGAAUAUAUGCGUGCUCAUCAGUUAAAUCCAUACGAAGUCACUAGCAAGCUCGGUCGUCUGUACAGUCACAUGAUCUUCAUCGAAGGUUUCGUGCAUUCGGAUCCACAUCCAGGCAACAUUCUAGUACGCAAUCGUAACUCCGAGGCGGAGAUUGUGCUAUUGGAUCACGGUUUGUACGCGAAUCUGUCCGAUCAGUUUCGAUGGGACUACUCGAAGCUGUGGUUGGCGAUCCUCGAUGGGGAUCAGAUCGCCAUGAAGGAACAGUGCGCGCGACUCGGCGUCGCCGAUUAUUAUGGUUUGUUGUCAUGCAUGGUAUCGGGUAGAACGUGGGAUACAGUCAUGUCAGGCGUGCGUAAGACCCGAUAUAAUAUCAAAGAAAAAGAGGAGUUUCAAGAGCAUAUCCCGAACUUGUUGCCACAGAUCAGUACCAUAUUAGAACGCGUCAAUCGACAGAUGUUGUUGAUUCUCAAGACCAACGAUUUGAUGCGUGGCAUCGAGUAUUCGCUAUGCACCCAAUACAGAAUGUCAGCCAUGAUGGAGAUGUCCAAGUGCUGCGUGCAUUCCGUAUACGGCGAGAAACUUAGACACUGUUCAAGUUCAUGGGAUAGGUGCUGGGUAUCCUGUGCAGAGCGCUGGGCGCUCUUCAAAUUAUCAAUUUAUUAUGUUUAUCUUGGUUUGAUGCACUUCGAUCUAAACAAGUCGGUCGAUUCUUUGUGGACAAAGGAUUUCUAUUUGUUUUAAUGGAAGUUUUUACUAGGCCGAAUAUAUUUCUAAACAUCUAAUUAGGAGAGCAGUGUUCUUUCUUUCAAAAAUAUUUUUGAGAUAUAUAUAUAUUUUUUACUUGUAGGUGAUAAGUGGUAUAAAUGUUUGAUACUCUGCAUAUAAUAAUUUGUAAAGUAUAUGUAUAUUUUAUUUGCUCUCUUUUAA